AAGAAUGACAGUUUGGUAUCGGAGCGUAUGUAAGGCCGCUUAAUAUUUUUUUGCAAAAUUCCAACAGUAAUAUGCCGAAGUACUACAGGUUUAGGGCAACAACGCCCACCAGGAAACCACGAAGGUGUAGGGACAAGGAGAAAGAGAAGGAAGUACAAAAGAUAAAAUUCGAUGCCGAAAAGAACUGGCUGGACGUAACUCUGGCGUGCACACCAGCGCCCUCUUGGUACCUGCGGCGUACUUCGUGGCGCGAAUGUCCGCCACUGAUGGGUCUCCCGCGGGAACUAGCCGCCGAACUCAGGGCCUCUGUACAGCUUAGCAAUCGACCAAUCUUCGUCUUCAAGAUCCCAUCCACAGCGCUGUCUCAAGACGUGGUGCAUACUUUGUGAGCUGUCAAAAGUAACGUCAAAAAUUUCCCGCGUUUUGAAGAACGUGUUCUGUGUUUUUGUAGUAUAUUCGGAUAUCUAUCCUCCAUUUUGUUAUACCUAUAUAGUGAUCCCGGUACACUCAAUACAGUUUUAAAUAUUAUAAAGUUUUU